CGACAGUGCGCCACAAAGCUACAACGUGUGGGGUGGCCAACUUCUUACUGUUCGCAUUGCAUGCCUGGUCCCUCGAUCGUGCAUCAGAUCGAUGUCAUGUCUCGUCAGGACCUGGAUACUGGUCGGCUCAGCCUCUCGCUGUGCAAGCCACGAGAACCACCACAAGGCUGUGUACGGGUCAGCCCCCACACACAAGCUUGUUGUGCAACAUGAUCAACCAAUCUGCCUCGCCAAAGCAGAUUUGUGGCCGUACACGAAUGUCAGCUCUUUGUAUUGCCAAGCACCUCCCGACAUAUCCUGGGAGGAAAUAUCCUAGCAAUGCCUCGUUGCCUUGUUGCCCUCUUUUCCGACCGACAGAUGUGUCAAGCCUCAUAGAUAGUACACGAUUCUCAUGAAACGUAUUGGCUAUCUAAACGACCUGUCUACGUAUCGACAAAUCGUUGAUCUGUACUCUCGGUGCCAUUUUCUACGCGAUGAACGUUCACAGUCAGCACACUAGACCUUCAGCUGGAGGGAAAACCGACCGGCGACUGGUGAAUCCAUUCACCACUUGGUCCCAUAAGCAGGUCCUGGACUGCGCAGAUGACUUCGUUCUCAAGUCUGGCUUGGCGGAGUACAGCGAUCUUUUCCGCAAAGGCGCUUCCCUGGCGCAGUCAAACAAGCUAUUUGAGAAUGAGGAAUACGGCGGUAUGAGUUUGCUUUUGAAGGAGCGCAAUGCUCUCAAACUCGAGUUCAGCAACAACCGCAUGGACCGUUUCAAACAGCCGCUGAAGCUUUACGGACUCGUCGCUUGCUGCUCGCUUGGUGCAGCCGUGCAAGGAUGGGAUCAAACAGCAGUUAACGGAGCUCAAAUCUAUUUCAAGAAGACCCUUGGUAUGGAAAAUAAUGCGAAUCUACUGGGGCUUGUCAACGGCGCACCAUACCUCUGUUGCGCACUGGCUUGCUGCCUGAACUACCCAUUGAACAAAUAUCUGGACCGUCGGGGUGUCAUUUUCACGACCUGCAUUAUAAGCUCUGUGACCUGCCUAUUGCAAGCCUUCUCACGGACAUGGUGGCAUUUAUUUCUGGCAAGGUUUGCCCUCGGGUUCGGUAUUGGGCCAAAAAGUGCAACAAUCCCAAUCUAUGCAGCCGAAGCUGCUCCGGAAAAUAUUCGAGGUGCCUUAGUCAUGAUGUGGCAAAUGUGGACUGCCUUUGGUAUCAUGUGCGGAUACUUUUCUGGCGUUGCGUUUGCAAAAGUAGCAGGCGACCUCAAAUGGCGGUUGAUGCUAGGCAGUCCGAUGGUCUUGCCACUCCUUGUUGUUCUCUACAUCUAUGCUCUUCCAGAAUCCCCGAGAGUCCUACUCGACAAAGCGCGCAAACGCAAAGACGAUGCAAGUGACCUUUAUGAAAAGGCGUUUCUGGGACUUCGUAGUCUUCGGAAUUCCAAAGUGCAAGCAGCCAGGGAUCUAUUCCUUAUGGACUAUCUGCUUGAAGAAGAGUCCAAGAUAAUGCACGACCACAAGCGCUUCCAGGAGCUUUUCACACAGAGACGGUGCCGCAACGCAUUAACAGCAUCUGUUAUCUGUAUGUUUCUACAGCAGAUGUGUGGCGUUAAUGUCACAGUUUACUAUUCAUCAAGUAUCAUGACGGAAAACGCGAACUGGUCCCCCGAGAAUGCACUCUUACUUUCUGCGGGCUUCGGUAUUAUCAACUUCGUCUUCGCUUUCCCCGCUGCUUGGACGAUCGAUACUUUUGGGCGCCGCAACUUACUGCUUUUCACUUUUCCCUUUAUGGCACUUUUCCAAUUCGUCAUGGUUGUCGCAGUGGCCUUGCCAGACAAUACUUCGCGACGCGCCCUCGCCAUAGUAGGCAUGUACUUGUUUGGCAUCGCCUACUCCCCUGGCGAAGGACCCGUACCAUUUGUCUACAGCGCAGAGUCUAUGCCGCUUUACAACCGCGACUACGGCAUGGGCAUUGUCACAGCAAUUAAUUGGCUGUUCAACUUCAUCGUUUCCUUUACCUGGCCCAGCAUGAGUGGAGAAGAUGGUCUGGGGCCUUCAGGCGCCUUUGCUUGGUACGGUGUGUGGUGUCUGAUAGGAUGGUGGCUCAUUUUGCUGUUCGUGCCAGAAACAAAGGAUCUGACUCUGGAAGAGCUCGACAUAGUCUUCGAUAAACCACCGCACGACUAUAUGAGACACGGAAUAGCGCAGCUCAAGUGGUUUAUCGGGUACCACGUCCUGAGAAAGAGACGGAUGGAAAAGGAAAGACCGGUUUUUCUCAACCCUGUUUCGUCGACCCGACAACACGACCCAAGGGGUGACUUCCCCGAUUCUUCACACGAGCUCUCAGGUUUCAGGGAAACCAGCAGAUAAGUGAACUUUCAGCUGACUAACCUUAGUACAGAACUUGUAGCUAUCAUCAUACUUAAAGCUAAAUUCUAGUCAAGUGUUACCUACUUUGUAGGCAUAAUG